AUGCUGUCACAAGGAGACCAGAUAUUGGACCAGCUGCGCCAGUACGACGUGCGUAAGAACCUGCAGCGCACGCAGUCGGAGCUCGUCGGCGAGUUUGCGGACGACGAGCUUGCCGGAAACAUGGGGCGCGCCAAAAUCGACGACCUCCAGCAGAUGACCCGUCGCCACGCUUACACAGCGCUCAAGAUCAAGGACGACCGGCCCCGGUACGUGCCGCCGAUCAACUUUGCCACGGUCGAGUCGGAUUUGUACCGGUCGGGCCAUCCGCAGCCCUCCAACUUUGAGUUCCUGGACACUUUGAAUCUGAAGACGAUUGUUUACAUUGGGGACAAGACGGACAACUACGACUACUACAAGUGGAUAGCUGGCCACGCGGGGGACAGGACGAUCAGUUUCCGGUUUUUCAAGGUGAAGCCGCCGUCGACGUUCGGGACGUCGCACAUGUUCAACGACGAGGUGGCCUUGAACACGGUGCUGAACCUCGUGGCCAACAGGGAGAACUACCCGAUUCUGAUCCACUCGAACAAGGGGAAACAUAGGGUGGGGGUCCUUGUGGGGUUGAUCCGGAAAUUUCUGCAAGGGUGGAGUCUGAGCGGCACUUUUGACGAGUACGCCAAGUUUGCGCGCGAAAAGGGCGAGGGCGACCUCGAGUUCAUCGAGACGUUCAAGCCCAUCAUCAAGAUCGACCCGGAGCGCAAGCCCGAGUUUGUGCGGUGCGACUAG